AGAAACUGCUCGCGCCGUGAGGAAGUGAGCUGCUAUUGGCUGCGCCGCGCGUUGCGUAUCAAAUGAUUUCUGCAGUGCGUGCUGCACUGGACCCUCUACCUAAGUUUUACCUUGUUGUUAUUUCUUUCUCUGCAGUGUCUUUGACAACACCUUGACAGGGUCAGGAUGGACCUUGUGCUGAAUGUUGCGGAUUAUUACUUCUUCACUCCAUAUGUGUAUCCAUCAUCAUGGGCUGAGGAUGAACCUCUGCGCCAGAUCAUCGGUUUAAUGGUGGUCACCAACCUGGGUGCUGCAAUCCUGUAUCUUGGCCUGGGUGCUUUAAGCUACUUUUUUGUUUUUGACCACAAAUUAAAGCAACACCCUCAGUUUUUGGAGAACCAGGUGCAACGAGAAAUAAAGUAUGCGUUGUGGUCUUUACCCUGGAUUAGUAUUCCUACAGUGGCGUUGUUUUUUGCCGAGGUCAGAGGUUACAGCAAACUGUACGACAGUGUUCACGAGUCGCCGCUUGGUUGGUCAGGGCUGAUUUUCAGCAUGCUGUCCUUCCUGUUUUUUACUGACAUGUGUAUUUACUGGAUUCACAGAUUUCUUCACCACAAGUUGAUAUAUAAGUAUUUUCACAAACCGCACCACAUUUGGAAGAUUCCGAGCCCGUUUGCCAGCCACGCUUUCCAUCCUGUUGAUGGAUUUCUUCAAGGCCUCCCGUACCACAUCUACCCAUUUUUCUUUCCUCUACACAAGGUUCUGUACUUAGUCCUGUAUGUGUUUGUCAAUGUGUGGACCAUUUCCAUUCAUGAUGGCGACUACCGUGUGCCCAAUCUGUUGGAACCGGUCAUUAACGGUUCAGCUCACCACACAGACCACCACCUCUUCUUUGACUACAACUACGGGCAGUACUUUACUCUGUGGGACCGCAUCGGAGGCUCAUACCGUUACCCUUCUCCGCUGAUGGGAAAAGGGCCACAUGACUUUAUCAAGAAGUUAAUGGCAGAAGGAAAGCUGAACUCAAAUGGCAUUAAUGGACAUAAUAGUAAAAACAACUCUCGUGUCAAGAAAGAGUAGGUGGGCAUGUAAAAGCAUCUUGAAUGAGUUCAAGGUAAGAGAUUUACUCUUAAAAAAUAUUCCUCUGUGAAAGGGAUUGGGUAAUUCAAGGCUUCUUUCUAUAAGGACUCGUCAUUUAAAUAAUCAGUUGUCCAUAAAAGAUGUUUACUCCUGCCAAAAAAAUAGAAACUAUAGAAAGUAUCUAUCAUUGCCAAAUAGAAACAUAACCCUUUGUGUUGUGUUGCCCUGGGAUUCUUUUGAUUUUAUGUAACUUAAUAUGAAUUAAUGUACUAUUAUAUUUAAAUUAAUCAUGGCUUAUAUCAAGAAGACAUCUAUAAUUUUGCUGUCAAAAACAUUUAACUAAUUCAUGAGGAGUGACAGGACUCUAACUUCAGUACAUCUCAGCUCACCUUUGUGAUAACACAAUGCACAUUUCAAAGUUUAAUACAGUGAGUCUUUUAAUAGCUAUGUUUGUCAAUGAACAGAUCACUGUUUUAAAGACCUGUAAGCAGAAAUAAAAUAUAUGGUUUUGCUGAUCACAGUUGUCUAGUUUAAAAAAAGGAACUGUAAUCUGUGGUAUAUUUUUGAAUUGAUAACAUGCUCUGUACAAAUAAAAACAUUAUAUAUAUAUAUA